AUGUCUUAUAAAAUAGAAAUGUGGAUGGUACCAUUGUCUGUUGCUACAGCGUUAUGUCACGGAGCAAGUCAACAAAGAACAAAGAUAUGGGUGAAGAGAGAGUGGAGUGGUCGGAUCUUCCCAAGGAACUGUUACCAACGAUCGGCAAAAGCCUCGACACCCGAAUCGAUAUUGUUCGAUUCCGCAGUGUCUGCAACUCGUGGCGCUCCUCUAUUCCCUCCAACAAAUCUCCUCGAUUCCCUCUCAAAUUCCCUAACCCAUACUCGCCUACUUCGUCAACUCAAGCUCAAGCUCCGGCUUAUCUCUGCGAAAGCACUAUCUAUCGACUACAAAGACUAAAUCCCUCGACUUCUUCGAAUAAGGCUUGGUUGGUCAAAGUCGAACAAUACUCAAACUCAGGAGGCAAGUUGUGUGUCUUUGAUCCAAUCUCCAACCGUCUUAGCAGGUACCCCAAUAAGACUUUAAACUUAUUAGACUUCCGAGUCAUCGAGUUAACUAAAGCAUAUAUGCUUAGAUAUAAAGUUAGAGCUGGAUCCACCACAUCCACUAAUGAAAUCGAACAAGUCCUUAGUGUCAGAGACAGCUCUAUUCUUCGUGUGACUAAAGUAGUUAUGUUUCCCAAUUCGCCUUGGACUAAUGUAAACGACUCUGCCGUUUUUGUUAUCUUUGGUGCCGGAACAUUAGGCUUUGCAAAAUCUGGGGCUAAGAGUUUAACCGUUGUAGAUGAUAACAAUGUUGAGUAUGAUGAUAUUAUUGUAUAUAAGGGCCAAUUCUAUGUGAUUGAUACAUUGGGAAACGUUUCGUGGAUUGAUAAUUCGUCGUUGAAGUUGGUUCCAUUUUUGCCUCCGCUAUGUGGGUUGGGUGGCCAGAAGCAUUUGGUGGAGUCAUGUGGAGCUCUCUAUGUUGUUGAUAGAUACUUUAAUAAAAAAAGGAGGAGGGUAGAACAUACCAACCGGCAUUUUAGAGACUCUGAUGGUCCCAAAGUGGUUGAUUUCAAAGUGUAUAAGCUGAAUGAAGAGUGGGGUCGAUGGGAGUUGGAGAAAAGCUUGGGUGAUCGAGCUUUUGUUUUGGGUAAUGAUUGUUGUUUGUCGAUUUCGGCUGAAGAGUUUACUGGUUAUAAAAGGAAUUGCAUUUACUUCAACAAUCAAAAUGAAACUCAUGUUUUCAACUUGGAAGAUAGUAGCUUUGGAGAUUUACAGGAUAUCCAUCCAUCCUGGCUUUGCUCAAAUUUGCGAGAUUUACAGGAUAUCCAUCCAUCCUGGCUUCGCUCAAAUUUGCUUUAGGCCUAUGUAAGUAUGAAAUUAAUGUUGUGAAAAUUUUUAAUCUAAUGGUGUGUUUGGUUUCAUUGUUAUGUGCCCCUAUUUGCUUGCUGUAACAAAUACUUUAAUUUGAUAAUUGUAAGUUUUAGUCAUUUAGCAGCCUGUUGUGGUGGUUAGUAUGAUCACAAACUCAAACUUCAAUCAUCCUUGUUAAAUAUAUUAAAGCUUGAUCGUGUGUUGAAUAA